AUGUCUUCAUAUACGAACCCCCCCGUCUCCACUCCCGCGGCUGCUGCGCCGUCAUCCCUCGUCGAGUCGACCGAGGGCUCCUCGGCGGCGGCGGCGGAGGCGGUGAUCAAGAGGCGGCGUAUCAACUUCGCCUGCAACUACUGCCGGAACCGGAAGACGCGCUGCGAUGAGCAGAAGCCCUCGUGCAAGGCCUGCCUCGCCGCCGGCAUCGAGUGCGUCACGACGGACCGCCGGAGGCCCGGCGUAUCGGUCCAGCGCCGCGAGACGAAGCGCCGGCUGUCGCGGGCAUCCAGCUCGUCUCUGACGCACUCGCUGGCCGCCAACGCGUCUCCGCACUCGCCUCAAGAGGAAGUGGAGAGCUCCGGGCCACCGCCGCCCCCGCCGCCGCAGUCGGCGGACGCCGGUGCCAGGAUUUCUUCUCCUCCAUCCGUAGAGCUGCUUCACAGCCGUGACCGGACAGGGUCGGUGGCUGGCUCCGUGACGGCUUCCAAUGACGCCGCCGUCGUCGCUGCUACUCUUCCGGCAGACGAGGAGGCUCCCGCCUGCCCGGCUCCGCCAAAGUUUCAAGGAAAGUUACCCGUAGUACGACCCAGCCGCGGGAACAACUCGGUUGAGAUCCUCGGCGACUGGCUGGACCUUGCCGCCCGUCGGCUGAGCAUCCCGCAGAGGCGCGGCUUAGCCACACGCGCGGACAGGCCGCCGGCCUACCGCAUCCUGUCGUCUGAACCCUGCCCUUUCCCUCCCAAAGAGAUUGCUCGCCAGCUUGCUUCCCGCUACCUCGAAGGAAUGAAUAUUGUAUAUCCUCUGCUCAACCGAGACCAUCUUCUGAAAGACGUUGACGCAGCGGUUGAACUUGGGCCGACCAACUUCGCCGAGGCCCGAGGGUUAGCAGUCUUGACGACGGUGUACCUCGUCAUGGCUAUUGCGUUUGUUUCCGAGCCAUUGUCGGAGCCAAGGCUAGAUCGUGGGGACUAUGUGAUUUACUGCAAAUCCCUCAUCGGCCACCUCGUCACCGUCAACAGCGUAGAGACGGUUAGAUCUCUGGUCCUCGCCGCGUUGUGUCUUCAUUGCUACGACGAGUGUGCGGGGGCCUGGAACAUUCUAAGCAUGGGUGUCUCCCUCGCCAUGUCGCUGGGCCUGCAUAAACCUCGCACGUGCCGGGGCUGUAAGGCCGACCAGCCAAAGAAGAGGCCAGACUUUGUGGAUGACGAAGAGCGCAGGGCGUUUUGGCUCGGCAUCUUCUCCUUUGAAAAGUUCUUGGCGUUCGAGCUGGGGCGUCUCUCUUCGAUUGACGACGAGGAAUGCUACCCGGCUCACGUCGACAUGCCCUUGGGCAAUGGGACCUCGUCAAAAGACAAGGCGUUUCCCGUGACGGUUGAUCUUGCGAGAAUACUCAGCGAGAUUGGGAGAAAGGCCGUCAUUGUCAGCCGGAAAGAGGACGGGCUCCAGGACGGCGCGUUACAGGCCAUCGUUGCUGAAAAGGUUGAGACGACCGGGGAGGCACAAUUACUCCUCACGCGAUGGGGCGAAUCAGUGCCCGAUGAGCUCAGACCGAUAUCGGAUAUCCUGAUCGGCUCAAAACAGUGCCCCUUUGCAUCAUUCAUAUCGAUGCAUUACAACAACGCCCUCGUGAUCCUCUCACGGAAUAGUCUUCUCAUCAGUGAAGAGGCAAUCACGUCUGGUGCCAAUAUCAUCUCCAAAGGCAAACCGUGGGACUACAUCAUGCGAAACGGACAGUCUCUCGCAGCCAAUUCUGCCCGGAAAGUCUUGCGCAUCGUAGUCGAAGCAGUGGACUCUAGGUCAAACGUAGUUCUCCCAAAUCUACUAGCACCGCUCCACGCACUCUCGGCACUUGCAAUCCACGUCGUAACGCACCCCGACUCUCGCAUCUCAACCAUGGACCUUCAUCUCAUCCAAACGGUCUCGGACUCUCUGAGGGAGGUGCACGCUAGGGUACGGGGUGAUAACCUACUGGACCUCCUCCUGCAGAAGCUCGACUCCUUUCUCCGCAAAGGGCUGCCAGCGCCCGUUACAUCAUCCCAUGGCCGGAACGCCAACACCUUACCUUCUCUGACCCCGCGGUCCAUGCCGGACAGCAGUCCGUGGCAGAACGCGGGAGAGACCCCGACCCCCAGAUCAGUGGAAGCCCACUGGUCUGGCAGUGAUGAGAGCCGGCGCAGAGAAUCAGGUGCUCAUGUUUCCGGUUCGGCGAUGCCCUUCUUCAACCAGGGACAUGGUAUUCCCGGCGGGUCCGAGUUCGGAUUCGACUCGUUCGGCACGAUGCCAAUGGUGGGUGAUGAGUGGUCGCCUAGUCUUUCUGACAGUAUCGGAUGGGACUGGGCAUGCUUCUCGCAUCUUCUCUCGGAGCAGUACCAGCCACAAUGA